CCAACGAACUGUACUUUAGAAAGGAGAGGAGAGAAGGACGGUGGAGCAAAACCGGAUCUAGUCGGAGAGUCGCCGGAGAAUUUUUUUCAGAGGUAGAGACAUAAGUUUCUCCGAUCUCACUAGAUCGGUCGUUGCAUUGUAUCCGUUCCACGUGAAUAAGUGAGGUUAUUGAGAGGUGGUGGAUGGGCCAUGGCUGAGCCGGAGACAGCAAAUGGAGUGAAGGAGAACAAACUAUGGAAAGGUGUGUUCGCGGUUUCAGGGAUUAUGUCAACUCUUGUCAUCUAUGGUGUUCUUCAGGAGAAGAUAAUGAGAGUUCCUUAUGGAUUGAACAAAGAGUUCUUUAAGUACUCUUUGUUUCUUGUUUUCUGUAAUCGUCUCACUACUUCAGCUGUCUCUGCUGGUGCUUUACUGGCAAGCAAGAAAGUUUUGGAUCCUGUAGCUCCGGUUUAUAAGUAUUGCCUUAUUUCAGUGACUAACAUCUUAACCACAACAUGCCAAUAUGAGGCUCUCAAGUAUGUGAGCUUCCCGGUCCAAACUCUAGCUAAAUGUGCCAAAAUGAUACCAGUUAUGGUAUGGGGAACUCUCAUCAUGCAGAAAAAGUACAAGGGAUUUGACUAUCUAGUAGCUUUUCUGGUGACCCUGGGGUGCUCUGUCUUUAUUCUUUUCCCGGCAGGAGAUGAUGCUAGUCCGUACAAUAAAGGAAGAGAAAAUACUGUUUGGGGUGUUUCCCUAAUGGCUGGCUAUCUUGGGUUUGAUGGCUUCACAAGCACUUUCCAAGACAAACUCUUUAAAGGGUAUAAUAUGGAGAUACACAACCAAAUAUUCUACACAACACUUUGUUCUUGUGUUCUUAGUUUCACUGGACUUAUAUUGCAAGGUCAUUUACUACUAGCUGUAGAUUUUGUUUCUCGGCAUAGAGAUUGUCUGCUCGACAUCGCUCUUCUUUCCACAGUUGCAACAGCGAGCCAAUUCUUCAUUUCUUACACCAUUAGGACAUUUGGUGCUCUAACAUUUGCUGCAAUCAUGACGACGAGACAGCUUGCAAGCAUCAUGCUCUCAUGCAUUUGGUUCUCUCAUCCGCUAAGCUGGGAGCAGUGUAUCGGAUCGGUCAUUGUUUUCGGGUCUUUAUACGCGAAAAACUUACUAAACAACAACAAAAAAACAGAAAAGCAACCGCCGCCUCCAGAACUUCCGCAGUAUGAAAAGCCUGAGGGCUCUUAAGACGCUAACUUUUUCACCAGUCGAUAAAGAAUAGGCACUGAGACAUCGGAUUGGUUCCCAGUAGAAGACUUAUUCAACGGAAAAGAAUUGGUCUAGUUAACAACUAAACAUUAUGAUAAGGACAUAAGGUUCUUCUCUUACAUGUGUGUUUUUAAGGUGCUGACGCCGAGGAGUAUCAGCCUUAUAUACAUCACGUGGACCCGUUCUUAAUUUCUAUUCAUACUUGAAUACUUCAAACGAGAGAGAAUCCUUAAGAAAAUUUAUUUAUCAAAUAUGUUGUAGAGGGUAAUCAGUAAUAGGUUAGCUGGUUAACGGUCUAUAAAUAUUUUAUUCACGUACUGAAAAAUAAUAAUAAAAUGUGUGCAAUCGAA